UGCUCGUAUUAUCGUCGAGCUUGCAUGGUCUAUCGGCUGUCUACAGUGUUCGGAAACCCUCCGGUGCUUCUGCUUCGGUCGUCUUUCUGAAGCUGCUUCUGUUCGUUGGGACGCUGCCCGGAGCCGCCAUGCAGAGCUGACUUCCCGAGCAACAUCUCGGCAGUGUUUGGGGGAAUAGGCCGUCAUACAUGUUAACAGAGGCUAUCGCGACCGAGUUGGAUUCGAUAUACGAGCCCGCUGGUUUAUCUUAUGGAAAGCUUGCUUGUGAGAAAAUGCAGUUGAUCAGCCAGCCAUUAUCUGUUCCCGGAAGUGGACGCCUCGUAUCGUUCACCCAGGAUGUGUGCCUGACACUUUCUGAACUAACAUUGGCGGAUAAGGUGAACAUGCAUCUCAGCUGAACCAUAACGUUGCUUGCCCAGUUGUUUGGGUUUUCCUGGGUAAGGCCAGCCCUGGCCUUAGGCCACUUCAUCGUAUAACCCCUUCGCUCCCCCCUCAUGGUAUAAAAGUGCUCGUUGGAUCCUUCAAGUUUACAAUGGGAUGUGCCAUCAUAUCUGCAAAGACAGCCUGUCACCAUGUCUCAAGGGCAACGCAGCAAAACAUGGCUGGUGACUGGAGCUUCGCAGGGACUGGGCCUUGCAAUAACAUUAGCUGCGCUCAGAGCUGGUCAUAAGGUCAUCGCAGGUGCUCGAAACCCUGAAGCAGCAGCUUCAGCCCAUCCCGAGGUCGAGAAGGCCGGCGGACAGUGGUUGCAGCUUGAUGUUACGUCAAAGGAAACCAAAGAUAUCGUUCAAAAAGCUGCCGAGAAUGCUGGAGGAAUUGACGUGGUGGUGAAUAAUGCCGGAUAUUUUCUGGCCGGUUCAAUCGAAGAUCUUGACGAGGAAGAAAUGCAGGCUGCCAUGGACACAAACUUCUGGGGUCCCAUUCGAGUGCUCAAGGGCGCCUUGCCUUCCAUGAGGGCCCGCAAAUCCGGCACCAUCGUGUCAAUCUCGUCAAUCUUCGCGUUUUAUCCCUGUCCAGGAGGUGCAAUGUAUAGCUGCCCCAAGGCUGCGCAAGAUGCACUUCAGAGCAUCUUGGGCAAGGAACUGGCAAGCUUCAACAUUCGUACAGUCAUCAUCAAUGCCGGUCUUUACAAGACCAACGUUCUGGUUAAUUCGAAACAACCAUCCAAUGGGUUUUCAGAGUCCUACCUGGCACCGCUGGGCCCGGUUUUGAACACAGUCGGCACAUUGGCCCAAGAUCCCUCGCAAAUGCCUGGAGAUCCGACAAAGUUUGGUGAGCGUAUUGUCGAUGUGGUCGACGGCACCGGCUUGGCCAAAGGGUUGGAAAACACUAGCAGGUUUUGGUUCGGGAGAGAUGCAGUCAAACUCUCUUCCAUCGUGAUGAAAGAGCUAGAAGAAUCAUUCAAGGAAAGCAAUGCCAUUGCCACCAGUACGGAUUUUGAAGGUCAUACAGGGGAUGGAGUGGCGGUUGUCAGUGAUUACUACAAAUGAAACUCUGAUGGAUACUUAGUUUCGUUGAAACGUGGAAAUGAUGAGACAUUGGGACCUUUUCUGAACAUCCUUGAUUACCAUUGAAUAAACCACCGUUGACUUAACAUUGAACGAGGUCUGUAUCGCCUUGGAUUUGCAAUGGAAGACAUGUAAUUUAUGCAGCUAGAAAUCAGGGGCACAAAAAGAGACUUGAUUGGCUGAAGCGGCGUCAGGCUGCGGCGCCUCAACAAGCGUAAGGCUGCCUACAAA